UACGUCAAGAUGGCGGCCUCCGCAUUCAAUACGCCGCUGAGGCACCUUCCUAGACUUUCGUCAAUCAGAAGUGCCUACGGAGUUCAGGUUCCCCUCCAGACUCUUUGCACCGAAGCCCGCCUUGAGGACAAUUCUUUGCCCUUGUUUCCCAUUUCCCCUUAUAAGGAUGAACCCUGGAAAUAUCUGGACUCAGAAGAAUACCAGACCCGUUAUGGUUCUCGCCCUGUCUGGGCUGACUACCGUCGAAACCACAAAGGUGGGAUACCUCCACAGCGGACUCGAAAGACAUGUAUUCGUAAAAAUAAAGUUGCUGGGAACCCCUGCCCUAUCUGCCGGGAUCACAAGCUGCACAUUGACUUUAGGAACGUGAAGCUCUUGGGACAGUUUGUCUGUGCCCACACCGGUGUCAUCUUCCAUGCGCCAUACACAGGGGUCUGUAUGAAGCAGCACAAGAAGUUGACCCAGGCCAUCCAGAAAGCUAGGGAUCAUGGUCUCCUGAGUUACCACAUUCCCCAGGUUGAACCUCGGGACCUUGACUUCAGUAAUUCUCAUGGAGCUGUGAGUGCAACUCCUCCAGCCCCUACUCUGGUUUCAGGUGACCCCUGGUACCCAUGGUACAGCUGGAAACAGCCACGAGAGAGAGAGCUGUCCCGCCUUCGUCGGCUAUAUCAAGGCCACCUCCAAGAAGAGAGUGGCCCCCCACCUGAGUCAAUGCCUGAGGUGCCACUCACAACUGGAGCUGAAGCCUCCACUGAACAGGCGGGCCCCCAAAGUACUCUGUAGGAGCUGUAGACUGGAAAGGGUGCCUGAGAGAUUAGGAGAUAAUGCCUAGGAAUUAUGUGAUGGGAUUUCAUCCUGAAGAGUUGUGUCUAUUUUGUGGCCAAUGGCAGGUCCAGAACCAGAGAAAGGAAAUGGUUGUUGUUGAAGGGGAUGAGUACAUCUGAGGUUGAGAGAGGGCAGUACAGUUGUCUAUGGGAAAUUAUAACCCCCAUGUAAUGUAAAAAGAUGUGUUCAACAUUCUGUUGCUGUUGCAGACUUCUGCCAACUGCUUUUUCACAAUAAAACUGUUUCUCCUGUCUCUGG